AUGUCGACCACGACGACGACAGCAACCACACUAGCACUACCGCACAUCCUCUUCAUCCUCUACCUCGUCCUCCCUCCGCUCAACGACGCAGUCGAGCGCAGUACGGCCACACGGUGGACCUACACCUCGAUCCUCCUCGCCCUCCAUGCCCUCGGACUCGUCAUUCUCUACCACCUCUCCCCCGCCGCUGCCGCCUCCGCUUCAGCAUCAACCUCCCCUGGACUGUACGAUGGGCAGAGGGGCGAGCCAGGAUGGCCAGAGAAGCGCGCGCUCCUCAACAUCGCCAUCUUCGCCGUGGCCAACCAGAACGUCGUCACCGUCUUCCGCAUCCUCCGCCACGUCGCCCGCCUCGGUGGUCCGCGGGCCAGUCCGUGCUCCGUGGGCAUGCCGGCUUGGAAGCGCAUCACCACCCCGACCACCGGCAACGAGCGGGAGAGGCAAGAGGAGGUACCGAAACGGUUUGGACUCGAGAGGAUACGCUGGGCGGCCGACGGGUGGAUGUCGCUGCGCGGCGUCGGAUGGAAGUGGGGCUGCGCCCAUCGUCGCUCCUGGCCCACUUGGCCAGAUGCCGUCGUGCGAGGCGGACGUUCCAAGUGGAUAGGCUACAACCUCGUCCGCCUCGCUCGCAACCUUCUGAUCCUCGACCUGCUCAACACCCUCUCCCAGACCCGCGCGUCGCUCCACACGUCCUGCAUCCGCUGCCAGCCGCUGCCGGCCCUGGUACUCGAUACCUUCCUCGCGGGCGCCCAGGGCGUAUUCGCACUAACCACGUCCUACCUCGUCCUCAGCCUCGUCUGCGUCACCCUCGGCCUCGGCACCCCGCAAGACUGGAGACCCCUCUUUGGUGCUCCGCGCCACGCUCCCCUCUCCAAGGGAGGAAGGCGAGGCGCAGACUGGACCCACUUUCUCGGCGACCUCGAACGCUUCUGGGCCCGCUUCUGGCACGGCCUUUUCCGCGAUUCCUUUGUCGGUCUACCCCGCGGCCUCGUUGACCUCGUCGUAGUCGGCCCGCCUUGCGCAACCGCAAUCGGCACCGUCAAUGGCCGUGCACCAUCGUCUGCUCCGAAAGAAGACGACGACGAUGACGACAAGACACGGCCACGGGCACGGGCACCACGACAAAGAAGCCACGGCGAGACGCUCCUCACGUCCCUGCUAGCCUUUACGCUUUCGGCGCUACUGCACAGCCUACCCAACUACAUCAUGCUGCACCGUCUUCCGCUCGGCAGCGCCGCCUUUUUCCUGGUGCAGCCACUCGGCAUCGCCCUGGAGCGGCUGGCGCUCAAGCCCCUCGGCCUGGUGCGCAGCGACGCGUGGAGCGGCAUCGCCUGGGUCCUACUCUGGUUUGCGGCGACGGGCGCGCUCCUCAUGGACGAGUACGUCGAGGCUGGAUUCUGGUACAUCGACAUGGUACCCCACAGCCUUGUUCGGCCGCUCCUCGAGACGGUGACGGGGUACAGAUUUACGAAGAGGGACGAUUGGAUGUAG